AUGACUCCUAAGUUUUUCACCUGUUGACAGGGCUUUAAUGCCGGUCCUUGCAGUUUCACAUUGAGUUUCUCUCUCUGAGCUUCAGUGCCAGUGACCGAGACUUCAGUUUUGUCCUGGUUGAGCUGUAAAAAAUUCUCUGCCAUCCAUAAUUUGAUAUUUAGAAUACAGUUGAAAAGGGCAAGCUGUGUGUCACCAGCAUAGCUAUGGAAAUUGAUGCCUUGCCUCCUGAUGAUGUUUCCAAGUGGCAACAUAUAAACUUUAAAAAAAGAAGGACCUAAAAUUGAAUCUUGUGGAACACCACAAUUCAUUUUAUAGCUAUUAGAUGAACAUUCAUUAAUACUUACAAAAACCUCUCCAUCGGUAAGAUAACAAACACACACACACACAGACACACACAGACACAGACACACACACACACACACUGGUACUUCCUUCCCCUAGCUGGCUGACUUAUUAUUGAGUUGAGCUGUGAGUCAGACAGUUCUGGUCCUCAGAGUCAGACAACAAGGAGAAGCUCCUCUGCUGGCCAGGUGAUUUCCCUGCUAACAUUUGAGGAAAAGAUGGAAUCAACAACUCCUGAUUACUACUAUUAUUACUAUGAAGACCAUGACAAUGGGACGCAUGGACCAUGUAAUAGGGACAGUGAAAACUUACUGGGAGCUCAAUUGUCCACCAUUUACUACUUCAUGUUUCUCUUCAGUCUCUUUGGCAAUGGGCUGGUCCUGGUCAUCAUCCAUCGGUUUGAGAGGCUGACCACUGUGACCAACAUCUUGCUGCUGAACCUAGUGGUGUCCUCCCUGAUCUUCAUGAGCAGUCUUCCCUUCUGGGGAAUCUACAAGCAGUUCUCUAACUGGAUCUUCGGCAAAGUAAUGUGCAAGAUUGUAGGCAGUGUCUACUACCUGGGCUUCUACAGUUCUGUCCUGUUUCUAACUCUCCUGACCUUUGACCGACACCUUGCUGUCGUUUACUCCUUGCAUGUGUCGCAAGUGAGGAAUCAACGCUAUGCGCUACUCUCCUGUGCUGUGGUGUGGCUGGUCAGUGGUCUGGCGUGCAUCCCACAGAUGAUUCUCCACACAACUUUUACUCAUCAUAUGACCAACAAAACAUUCUGUCAGGAACAUCCUGGUAACACAACGUCUAUUGAUGACAAGCUAAGAGCAUCUGGAUUUUACCUUCAACUUUUCCUUUUCUUGCUCUUUCCUCUGAUUGUUAUUGUGUACUGCUAUGUUAGGAUUGUUAUCACUGUCAUAUCAUCCAAGAUAGUUACCAAGUUCAAGACAGUCAGGCUGAUAUUUGUCAUUGUCUUGUUGUUUUUUAUAUGCUGGACCCCAUUCAAUGUUUUACUACUGAUUGAUGAUGAAGACCUGUCCUGUGAGGAAAAGCAGAGGAGGGGUUAUGCACUUCAAGUCACUCGUGACAUUGCCUACAUUUACUUCUGCAUCAGUCCCAUCUUCUAUACAUUUGUUGGGAGAAAAUUCCAGAGCUACUUCAGACAGCUGCUGGUGAAACGCUUCCCAGGGUUAAAGAAGCAUAUUUCUUUCAGUCAGGUUAGCAGAACUAGUAUGUCGACAAAAAUUACACAGAAAAGUAUAGAGUUGAGUUGAGUUUUAGGGAUGGGGACCCCUUUGUUUCUCAGGCCUGCCAUGUGUUGAACAAACCAUGGUUUUACAAACAACUGAAGGAAGUAUGUUAAGGUGGAAAGCGAUGACAUGAGUAGGGAUAUAAUUUUGCCUAUAGCAGAAGUAAAGCCAAAAUAUAAACCAUAACAACAUCCAUAUGUCAGUUAGCUAUGUUGCUAAUUUCACCUUUCUUAAGCAGGUGAGAACAUGUUUUGAAAGUUUGUUGUCCGGCCCAAACCAAAGCUGCUACCUCUUCAUCAUGACCAUGCCAUCAUGACAUAUGUAAAUGUUGACAGAAUAGUCCACAGGGCUGUGGCUCAGGAGGUAGAGCGGGUCAUCCACUAAUUGAAAGAUUGGCAGUUUGAGCCAAGUGUACUUGCAAGAUACUGAAUCCCAAGUUGCUUCUGAUGGCUGAUCCAUCAGUGUGUGAAUGUGUGUGAAUGAUUAGAUUCCUCUGAUGGGCAGGUUGGGACCUUGCAUG